AUGGUGAAAAUCGUGAACCAACACUGUGAUCUAGGCCUGGCCCUCCUUCUGGUCUGGACGUGGCUAACAAGGCUGGUGGUGGCGGCCCAUCUGGUCGACAUCCCCACCUCAUCACGCCUGGCCGCCGAACGGGAGGAGCUGCAGCUAUCCCGGCAGGACGUGGGUCGGCUCAGCUACCAGAGUAUCCAUCGCAUGCUGAGGGACGAAAACGAACCGGCCAGCUUUCGGGGGGAAUUGCGAUACCAACAGAAACGCCACAAAAGGGAGCUGGAGCUUAACGCUCCGGCAAACAAGCUGAAUCUCACCCACCGCGACUUAAGGACAUUCAAUAGCACUGGUGGUCAGUGGAAGGGCGACUUUCAGGUGAUCACCGCCAUGGAUCUGAGCAGCAAUCAACUGGAGAACGUCAGCUUGGACAACUUCAAUCAACUAAGGCAGCUGGACUUGUGCAAUAACUCCCUGGAGGUUAUACCCCUGAGCUUGGUCGACAACAAUAAGUCACUACCCCUUGUAACGCUCGAUCUAUCCUGCAACAAAUUCAGACAAAUUUCCACGAACUUUUUUGCCCAGCGUUUGCCUCAGUUGAAAAAUCUCAACUUGGCACACAAUGAGUUGCUGAACAUUUCGCGGGAAUCCUUCUACAAUUUGUUGCAGCUACAAACGUUAGUCCUCAGUCACAACAACAUCUCGGAUAUAGACUACGAAACAUUUUUGGCGCUACCGAAUCUGCAAUAUCUGGAUUUAUCCCAUAACCGCUUGAGUGGAUCCGCAAUCCGAGCUCUGCAGGGAAUUCCGGAUUUGGUCAGCCUUUCAAUCGCGUACAAUCCAGAUGUGGGAGUGGCGAUGCAGGAGUUCGUCGCUUCCUGGAGCCUCAAGGAGUUGGAUGCCAGUGGCACUGGAUUGUGCCAGGUGCCUGCAGCUCUAGCCCAAUCCGUGAGGGCUCUCAAGUUGUCCGACAACUGGCUGAAGGCAAUUAAUUGCGGGGACAUGGACAGCUAUCCGCUGCUGCAGUACCUGGAUCUGUCGCAUUCCCGCAUUGCCCAAGUGGAGGACGAUGCCCUGGGACGACUGGAGCUGCUCGAAUCCCUUUUCCUCGACCACAAUCUUCUAAUGCGAGUGCCCAGCAGCCUGCCGCCAUCGCUGGAACACCUAUUUCUGCAGCACAAUCAGAUAAUGGAGCUCCCGCCACAGGCUUUUGUGGGAUUGGUCAACCUGCAGACUCUGGACUUAUCGAACAACCGAUUGAUCUUUCUGCCCCCGCUUUCGCUGCCCAAAUUGCUCACCCUGAAUCUGCAAUCGUCAGGGGUGGAGAGCGUUAGCCAAUCGAUAGUGCACACACUGCCACAGUUAAGGGAUCUUUUACUAGACGACAACCCCAUUAAGUGCAGCGAUUUGCUGGGCAUUGCCGAAUGGGCCAGUCCUUGCAGGUCAGUGGAUGUGGGUCAACCGAGUGGGGCAAGUGUGAGUGGGCGGGUGGACUUGAAGACAGAGUAUCUGCAGUUCCACAAUUUUUACGAAAACUUCAGUAGCCGAGCGUGUGGCACAAGAAAACCGGAAAAUGACACAAAGCCGCCUUCUUGCAGCCUGACAAGGGCAGUAGCAGCAUCCACAACAACACCCAGAAGUAUGUCAAAAGUUAAAAAGUCAAAAGAAACACAAGAACCAGCAACAUCAGUCGAAGUAGCGACGGCAACAGCAGCAACAUCAGAAAAAACAGACACACAAGCAACAUCAGCUGCAGCAGCAGCGACAGCAGAGCAGUCGACUGCAGCAGCAACAACAGCGGAAAAAGAAGCAAUCCCAACAGCAACAUCGAGCGACACCACAGCAGCAGCAAUGCAAUCAGCUGGCAACAGCCCUGCCCAGUUAACCACAAAAACGUUGCGGCCAACAGAAACAACUUCGUUAGCGCAACUGCAGCGUCGGCAACAAAUGCCUGGCAUGCCGGCCAAAACAACAGAAACGGCAGCAAAGAACCUGCCAAGUUUGGCCCAGACAAUGGCAACAACAGCGCUUCCCAUUUUGGCAACACGAGAUGCCGGCACGGCAACAACAGAAAUAAAUUCCGACAAGCCAACGAACAUUAGCGGUGCCACAAAAACAGCAGCAACAUCAGCUGCUGAAAUAGCAACAACACCAGCAACACCAGCAAUUGAAGUGCCACAAACCAUUUUGGCCGGCAAAAAAUCUGACAAAAUGCCAGCCGAUAAGGCACAGGAGACUUUAUUAAAAUACCCAACAAGGGACACAUCCGGUCAAGUUGCAACACCGCCGCACAAACAUGCAACACUGCAGCUGCACGUUAAGGAUCGACAUCUAAUUGGCACACCGCUGCUGAUGCACAAGGGCGAUGUCCUCCUGGUGGACGCCGAGCAGUUGUUGCUCCCUGGUACGGCCACCGUGGCGGAUGCGGAUGCGGAUUCGGCUUCGGAAGUUCUGGACUCGAGCCAACAACAUCAGUCAGCGGAGCAGGAAAAGCACCAGCCAGCCACUGAUAAGCGACAAGCGGAUGCAAUAAACGGCGACACAAAGGCGCCGGCGAAAAGCCACAAAAAGAAACCAUCGCUGAGCAUCAAGAAGAUGACCUACACUACCAAACAUGUGGCAAAAGCCUCGGAGGACGUGGCAGCCACCGCGAAGACACCGCAGCACCAACAUAGCAGCGUGAACACACCCAGGGAGACCACUCCCGAGGAGCUGAGCACCUUUGCCCAGCUAAAAGCCUUCGUAGAGCUCAAGAGCGAAUCGAAACCGGAACACCUAAUGGACCAGCGGGAGGAAAACCAUCACAAUCUCGCAGGAAAUCAUCCCGGGGUUAUGCUUCUGGUGGCCUGCGUUUUGUUCAUCGUGCUGCUUGCCGGUCUGGCCCACGUCUAUCGCUGUGAAUUGCCCUGGCAGAGGAGCAGCCGCUCCGGACAAUCGCGACCGCAUCAUCAAAGGCAUCUGAAUGAAACGGAUGAUGCGCACAGCUUCCUGCACUAUCAGGGAUCUGUGAACUCCAAUGGGGGAGAUCCGGCUCGCCUGCAAAAGUGGCACCACAGCACGCGGCGAGAAGCUCCCUACAGCUCCCCGCUGCACAAUCUACAAGCGCGCGAGCUGCAACAGCAACGCUGCCAGCAAUUCUACAGCUCCUCGCUGGCGGACAAGAGCUCCUCCACCUCGUCAUCCUCGUCGGGAAGCAGUCGCAGCAGCCUGCACUCGCCCAGCAGAGAUGACAGCUACUACAUAGAGAUGGCGCCCAGUAGUCCACCAGCAGCCCACCUGCCCAGCUUGCCCAUGGAACUCUUGGGCAGCAGGAGCAAUGUCCUCGGAUGCCGGGCGGACCGAGUGGCUGCCACCGAUCUGGGCGGUACGACAGAGGCGGUACCUUCUUCGGCGGCGACCAUCAAGUCGGUGAGCAGCAGACUGAUGACGCCCAGUUCGCGGAGGCUGAACAUCUGGUGACAAACCGUCUUUGGUCAGCGACAGUACGCGCCCUUUCAGUAGAGUAAAAAGUGGGAAUGAGUGGAGUGCGAACGACAAUCGCCAGCUGCCAACUUAGCCAGACGGCGCAGAAAGUCGGGGCUA